AUGUUUGCCGCCUCUUCUCAUUCUCUCGGCCACUCGCUCACGCUUCCCUCCUUCUCGUACCUCUAUACCUCUCGCUUUUCUCCCUUCUAUCUAUCUCGCUCUCACACCUGCACUCCUACCCCUCACUUGUCAAGCUUCAUAUUUAACACCUCCCCCACCCGACCAAUUUUGAUUUGUCGUUUUCUUUCCAUUCCGAGAUGGCUCAGUUUUUUUUUUCAUUUCCGCCUCUUUUAUAUUUUCCCUUUUCUUUAUUCGUUUUUCAUUCGUUAUUUUUUUUCAGUUUCUUCCUUCUUGCUUUUUCAUAUUCACAUAUUUUAUUUUCUAUUCCUUUUUAAAUUUUUCUUCUUCUUCUUCUUCUUCUUCUUCUUCUUCUUCUUCUUCUCUUUCAUUCUUUCUUCCACUUUCUUCUGUUUGACUAUCUGUCUUUUUUUCUCUUCUGUCCGACUUUCUUUCUUUUUUCUUUCUUUCUUUUGUCUUCCAUGCAUUCUUUCUUUCUUUCUUUUUUCUUUCUUUCUUUCUUUUUUUGUCUGCCUUCUUCUUUCUUUCUUUCUUUCUUUCUUUCUAUCUUUCUUUCUUUCUUUCUCCCAACACUUACUUAGAUUUUUUCUUUCUUUCUUUCUUUCUUUCUUUCUUUCUUUUUCUUUCUUUCUUUCUUUCUCCCAACACUUACUUAGUAUCUUUCUUACUUUCUUUCUUUCUUUCUUUCUUUCUUUCUCCCAACACUUACUUAGUAUCUUUCUUUCUUUCUUUCUUUCUUUCUUUCUUUCUUUCUUUCUUUCUUUCUCCCAACACUUACUUAGUAUCUUUCUUUCUUUCUUUCUUUCUUUCUUUCUUUCUUUCUUUCUUUCUUUCUCCCAACACUUACUUAGCUUCUUUCUUUCUUUCUUUCUUUCUUUCAACACUUUCUUUCUUUCUCCCAACACUUACUUAGUAUUUUUCUUUCUUUUUUUCUUUCUUUCUUUCUUUUUUUCUUUCUUUCUUUCUUUCUUCCUACACUUAUUUUUAGCUUCUUUCUUUCUUUCUUUCUUUCUUUCUCCCAACACUUACUUAGAUUUUUUUUCUUUCUUUUCUUUCUUUCUUUCUUUCUUUCUUUCUUUCUUUCUUUUUUCUUUCUCCCAACACUUACUUUUUCUUCUUUCUUUCUUUCUUUCUUUCUUUCAACAAUUUCUUUCAUUCUUUCUUUCUUUCUUUCAAGAAUUUCAAGAAUUUCUUUCUUUCUUUCUUUCUUUCUUUCUUUCUUUCUUUCUUUCUUUCUUUCUUUUUCCCAACACUUACUUAGCUUCUUUCUUUCUUUCUUUCUUUCUUUCUUUCUUUCAUUCUUUCUUUCUUUCUUUCAAGAAUUUCUUUCAUUCUUUCUUUCUUUCUUUCGUUCUUUCUUUCUUUCUUUCUUUCUUUCUUUCUUUCUUUCUUUCAACACUUUCUUUCUCCCAACACUUACUUAGCUUCUUUCUUUCUUUCUUUCUUUCAACAAUUUCUUUCAUUCUUUCUUUCUUUCUUUCAAGAAUUUCUUUCAUUCUUUCUUUCUUUCUUUCUUUCUUUCUUUCUCCCAACACUUACUUAGAUUUUUUCUUUCUUUCUUUCUUUCUUUCUUAUUUUCUUUCUUUCUUUCUUUCUCCCAACACUUACUUUGUAUCUUUCUUUCUUUCUUUCUUUCUUUCUUUCUUUCAAAAAUUUCUUUCAUUCUUUCUUUCUUUCUUUCAACAAUUUCUUUCAUUCUUUCUUUCUUUCUUUCUUUCUUUCUUUCUUUCUUUCUUUCUUUCUUUCUCCCAACACUUACUUAGCUUCUUUCUUUCUUUCUUUCUUUCUUUCAACAAUUUCUUUCAUUCUUUCUUUCUUUCUUUCAAGAAUUUCUUUCAUUCUUUCUUUCUUUCUUUCUUUCUUUCUUUCUUUCUUUCUCCCAACACUUACUUAGCUUCUUUCUUUCUUUCUUUCUUUCUUUCAACAAUUUCUUUCAUUCUUUCUUUCUUUCUUUCUUUCAACAAUUUCUUUCAUUCUUUCUUUCUUUCUUUCUUUCUCCCAACACUUACUUAG